GGUGUAUGUUGUAUUUUUUUUAAAGAAACGUAUGAGCGUUAUACUCCAGUCUAGUAGGUGGCGGUAAUGUAACAUUUGUUGGAUGCCAAUCGCCGUUAAACCUCAUCGAAUAAGAAGCUGUUACCGCUGUUUGGCACCUUUUUUACGUUUCAAUAUUAACAUUUGUCUUUAUAUUCGUGAGGUUGUUUGGCGACUGAAGUUUACUUCCAGAGGCUUGCUUCCGAGUGUCGUUGAUUAGGGUGUGGACGGAGCGCUUUCUGUGAGACAGCAGUGAAGGAGCAGGUCUGUCUGCUGAGUCACUGCAAGCAGGAAAGAGCACUAGGCUAGCGGAGCAGACGACCGCAGAGCACCAUGACCUACCGGCUGUUUGAGGAGAAAGACCAUGCCUCCAUCUACCAGAGGUACCGCUUUGUACCCCCAGAGGAGAUCAGAGACAUCAUCCUGCAUUACCUGGAAAGGAAGAAAGUCCAGCCUCAUGCCCUAGCUGUGGACCUGGGCUGUGGGACAGGACAGAACUCACGCCUGAUGGCCCCACACUUCCAGGAAGUGGUGGGCAUUGACAUCAGCGAGUGCCAACUGGAGGAGGCCAGGGCAGUGACAGGGUUCAACAACAUCACCUACAGGAAAGGGACAGCUGAGGAGCUGCCGUUUCCGGAUGCUUCUGUGGACCUACUGACUGCAGCCUCAGCGGCCCAUUGGUUUGACCAGCAGCGGUUCCUCUUGGAGGCAGGCCGGGUCCUGAAGCCUUGUGGCUGCAUGGCUCUGCUUGGCUUUGCUGAUAAUUUCAGACUCCAUUACGGCUCAUGUGGGGACAGACUCACUGACAUCUGUGAUGAGUUCAAGAAGGUGCUGUUACCAUACACCAGCACACAGGUAGCCGUGUCCAACACCAAACUAAAGGAGCUUUACACUGCUAUCCCCUUCCCUGACAAAGAGAGAAUUGAGUGUAUCCCACUGAAGCAGCAGAUCUCAGUGAGGAACAUAGUGGGCUUCAUGGAGUCCUUCUCCACGUACCAGGCCUUCCAGAGGGCCGAGCCUGAUGCUGCCACCGCACUGCUGCAGAGAACACUUGACAGGUUUCUGAAGGAGAUGGGAGUCACAUCACCAGACACACUCAUGGAAGUGACGCUGGAGUAUUUCUGUGUCCUGGCGUCUAAACCGGAGUGAACACUCUUUACAGUGUGAAUGUGUUUGUGUGUAGACAGAUGUUUCUUCAGCUUGUGUCAAUCAUGUUUAAGGUGUUGAUAAGUAGUAUUCUGUUCACAUAAGAUGUCAUUGAAGUCCCUUUGGUUGUCUCUUUUAUACAUUGUAAUGUAGAGCAAACUAUUAGCCUUAGUCACAUCAUUAUCAAAAUGCUUGCCACAUUUAGUAUCUUCCUUGCCUGAGAUUUACAAUAAAAUGUGUCUGUAGACACAAUUGUAACUUUUGAAUAUUAUUUAAUUUCAGGGCUGUAUCAAGUGUCUCAGAGUAAUAUUAGGAGUGUGGAUUUUAGGAUCAGUUUUUCCUUUUAGAUCACAAUGAAAAAUAUAACAUGGGCAAGGGGGUAUCUGAUCCAAGAUUAGCACUCCUAAUCUGAGAUAAUUAUACUUACACAGCCCAAUUCUGAUUUUUUUAUUUUUUUUCACUAAUUGGUCUUUUGAUCAGGUCUGAAAAAGAUGUGGUUGUGAUUAGUAAAAAUAUCAGAAUUGGGCUGACUGUCUAAACGCAGCCAUACGGCCGCAGAUGUUUUGUUGGUUUCUUUUUAAUAUGCUGUAUGCAUGGGUUCAACCCAAUUCAUUACAUUAUGCCAACUGAAAGACCUUGGGUCGCUUCUUGGAUCAUUCCUUCAGAUAUUGACUGUUUAUAAUUAACUCUUUUAAUGAGCUAGUAGGAGUAGUGCAGCUCAGUACAAAGCCUAUUGUUGUUGAUCUAUGGCUUAGUGAUCAGUUGGAAUAGGGUUUUUAUCUGAGUAAGGAAACUGAACUCAUCAGGCUUUUGUAUUUUCCCACAUCAAUCACAACAGAGAAAACACCCUUUGGGAAAACAAGGUUCUGAUCCCUCCCUCUCCCAUCUCCAGGGGACUUCUUAUUGGUUCUAACACACCACACAGCUCUCUUUGAACCCAUGUAACCCUGGCUCCCUUCAUAAACAUCCUCAUUAGCAAACAACCCACAUUCCUUAUGAAGCCGCUGCACCGCCCCUUUCUCUAUCUCUCUCAUAUUAGCAUGGCCAAGCACCUAGUGGUUUCCCUGAACAUGCCCUGUGAGGUAAGGGAAUCUCCUGAUCACAUUCCUUAAUGUGGCCUCCACACCCCAGUGAGAAAGAGUUUUCCUGAAUAAAAAAAACAACUUAUGAAUAGCACGUCUAUUUCUGGGUUGGAGAACACCUUUUGUAUUCCUGUUUUUUCCUGUAGUACAGCUCAGUGGCAUGGCCAAUCGUAUGUAAGGAGCAUGAAGGUAAGGAGCAUGCUGCCUCCUACUGGAAAUAAAGAGUCUCCCUCAGCUCAAUAAAGAGUUUGUGUCCUUCCUGGAGAAAAGGUAGGAUCAGUUGUGUGUAUUCAUGGAAGCCAAGCUUCCCCCACAAUUGUACCUAGAAAAAAAUCUAAAUAUAGAAUAAUGUAUCUUUCGCCUCGGUUUCAUAAUUUUCCUUCAAUUCGCUAGAGGCUGAAUGAAUCUCACAGAAGAAAGAAUCCGAGCGGGCGAAACAGCGUCCCCUGUCUUUACGUGUGAAUUGUCCUGGCUGAAGGAAAGGGAAGCGAGUUUGGAUUUGUCGUAUUUUUCAAAUCGCAUUGAGGGCAUACGUCAAUGACAGAAACAAUUUGAAUUGUUGCAUCUCGUUGUGUUACUGUUCUUCAGUGUCUCGCUAGCUAGCUAAAUUUGGGCCUUUCCAAAAUUAGUUAUGGAUGUAGAUAGGGAUUUGGACUUGUGGUUUUACUUAAUUCUCCGUACUGGCCAAUGAUUUAUAACGGCGAUUCUGAACUAAACAUGAAUUCAUACAUUGUUGUACUACUGACCUGAGAGGAUGGAAGUUCAAUAUGUAGCUCGGCGUAGAAGGCUAACGUUAACUAGCUAAUGUUGCCCAUUGAUGGAAGAUAGGCUAGCGAGCAAGCAUUUAGCCAGGUAGCCUAGGAUAACAAAAAAACUAAAUAUUGUAUUGUAUGACAUAGUGAUAGACCGUUUCGUCAACAUGAGAGGUGGAUUGCAUUGGCGUUUCUCUACAAGUAGGGUGAGAACAUGUUCUAUUUGCACUCACACACACAUAUAGAAAGCAGAACCAUGUAACCAUAUUCGGCUUACGUUCAUUUGACCAAAUAGUUUAUGGUAUCUUUUAGUUGUCACUGUAUUAGACUUGGCAGAGAUUAUUUGAUGUUGAAAUGGUGCUGGCAUACAAGAGGCAGCUCCUGUUUUCUUUGCAACUUUCGGUAACUGUGGUUCUACAUCAGUAGUUUUUUAGUGGUCUGAAAACGGCGGAAACAUUAACUUGCGUGACCAUGCUGUAGGUCAUGUAACUGUCUGUUACAUGCAAUAUUCUUUGUGGACUUCACCGGACUGAGGUUGGUAUCCGGUUUUGUGAUAAAACAAAAAGGUGUAGUUGAAUUUAUUCUGCCACUGUUUUGUCUCCGCCUUUAGGCCACCAAGGUAAAUGACAGUUUCAGGUUGGAUAUGCGACACAUAUUCGCCUAUAGUUUUCCUUAUGUCCACCAACAGCAGUUAGGGACCGUCAACAUAGUGACAAAUCACAUUUUUCACAUUUCAAUAGCUCUUUAACCAUUACUCCAAACACUUUCAAAACUGGUUGUAGCUAACCCGAUGGCAUAGACACACAUUACACACCCUUUAGUUUGUCCAUUGUUUUUUCAUUUUUUAAAAAUCUCACAUGGUUUUACAUUAAUUUUUCUAAAUGUAGAAUUUCAAUAGCUCCUUGGUCAUCUGACCUAGUGACUUCCAACAAGGUUCAGAAUGUCCACUCAGUGGGCCUACACAUUGUUCACCCGUUAGUUUGUCCAUUUUCAUCUCAUGUGGUUUUACUUGAAUUUUUCAACAUUUUACAAUAACUCCUUGAUCAUGUGACCUAAUGUCCGCUGACUACUCUUCUAUAUUGCACACUCUUGUUUGUGUACUGUAAAAUCACGCGGUGUAACGUACAUUUUCAUAGUUUCAAAUUUGCAAUAGCUCCUUGGUCAUGUCAAUUACACACCUAAGAAGCGUGCAGUGGAUAUACACCCAUAUUGCAUAACCUCUAGUCUAUAUUGUUGUACAUUAAUAUUAGUUUGACAAUUAAGGGGUUCAGUCCAGUGUUGUUUACCCUUUUCUUUAAUAUUUAUCUACAAUAAUUGGUAGUUCUAAGUACUUAUUUUUAACAAUAGGAGAGCGACAGAUAUCUCCUUUCGUCGUUAAUAUCAACCAUAAAGGAAAAGGGCAAAGUACGAGAGUCAUGCUAUUAAUUGUCCAAAGCAGGGAUGGAGAGUGAGGUAGGCUGGUCAAUACAUAUACUGAACAUGUAACCACAGUAAUGGUGGCCAGUAAAACAAUGAAUACAAAUAUAAUAUUGACAAAUUAAACAUUGUAGAACUUUAAUCUUUUCCAACAUGUCAACAGACACUUAACUUCAAAUAAGUAUGAAACAUUUCACAGUGUUAACUUUCUCUUUAUCCCUGGUUGAUGUACAUGUCAGAGCCUCUUCAGUAUGGAUGGGGUAUAGAAUACAUUUUCAACAACAACCGACUGCACUUCCAGUUUGUGUUCUUUACUCUGUUGAACUAUUUUGUCUUCAUUCCUAGUUACAGCACGUGGAACCACCGUUGGCAUGCAAAACAAAGUGUAACACGUUAUAAAUAAUAUCAAUGCAGUAUGACGAAUUAGUCAUCCAUUGUGUUAUAUCAUAAAUUGCCAUACAUGCUGUCACUGUUGUCAAAAGAUUUUAAGUAUGUUAAAUAAAGUUACUAACCCAGUCAG